AUGCAACACAGAAGAAAGCGGUUUUUAACCCAGUCUCGGACUGUAUAUCCUUGCAGUGACGCUAAUACAACAAAUCCAUGUCAAAACGGCGGUAUUUGUACACCUGAUUUUAGUGCAACGCCAAGCGGCCCAGCAGCUUACACAUGCAACUGCAUGGCCACCGGCUACUGUGGUCGAAACUGUGAGAUUCAAGAGCCUCAAGGCCUUUGUACUGGCGGAAUUAGUUAUCCAGUUCUAUUGCAAACUUUUGGUUCAGGCGCAGAUCUAUAUAAUAAUGCAACCCCAGAUAGCUUUGGUUUUAGCACUACUUACAUACAAAGAAAUUCACCUCUGACCGAAGAUGGCAUGUUCAGCUUCGUCAACCAAGUUCCUUUCCAUACUGGCACAUGGCACAUGGGAGAGGAUCAUACAUCUGGUGAUACGAAUGGUUAUAUGUUUUUGGUUAAUGCUAAUGAACAACCUGGUGAGGUUUUCAGAAGUACGAUUAAUGACCUAUCCGUUGGAAGUCCUUAUGAGUUUUCAGCUUACGUAGCCAAUGUAAAUAAAGCCUCAUACGGAGGCAUUAAACCUAAUUUCAUAUUUGAAAUUAGAACCAUUGGAAAUGUUUUGGUGGCUAACGUGUCCUCUGGCGAUAUACCUGAGACCAUUGCUUUUGAGUGGGAUAAGUACGGCCAAUAUAUGUGA